UUAACUUAAUUUAAUUCACCUUCAUAAAUUUUAAUAUUUAAAAAUAAACAAUGGCUAACGAUGAAAAUUUAGUUUUGUGUUAUAAUCGCGGAUGUGCUGCGAAAUUCUCUCCAGCAUUUAAUUCUGAAGAUUCCUGUGUAUUUCAUCCGAGUGAACCUUUUUUUCAUGAUGCAUAUAAAGGUUGGUCGUGUUGUCAAAAGAAAUGUACCGAUUUUACUGAAUUUCUCAAUAUAAAAGGUUGUACAAAAGGUUAUCAUAAUAAUACAAAACCAAAAGAGCCUGAAAAAUAUGUUCUGGAUAAAAACACCAAAGAUGAUAUCAUUGAAUAUCACGCUCCAAAAUUAGAAUCAUUGCCUAGACCACCAGCUACUUCACCAUUAAAAAGUAUCAUACCAACCAUAUCUUCUUCUCUGUUGCAACAAAUUAAUUCUAUAAAUAUAAACAAUACAAAUCAAAAUGACAAUAAUAGUUCAAGCAUAACUAUUGGCACUAUGUGUAAGAACAGUGGAUGUAAACAGGCGUACGAAGGUUCAGAAAAAGAUAACCUUGCCUGUAUUCAUCAUUCCGGUAUACCAGUAUUCCAUGAGGGCAUGAAGUAUUGGUCAUGUUGUAACAAAAAAACAUCAGAUUUCAAUGCAUUUUUAGAGCAAGUUGGAUGUUCUCAAGGAAAUCAUUGUUGGAUUAAAGACUUGAAAACUCAAGGACAAACAAACUGUCGAUUAGAUUGGCAUCAGACUGGACCCUGGGUUGUGAUAUCAAUCUUUGCUAAAAAAUAUGAUCCAAAAAUUUCUUUUGUGAAAUUGUCUGCUAUUAAAAUGUCAGUUAAACUAUUUUUUCCUUCUGAAAAUUCAACUUUUUCCAAGGAUAUUGAGUUAUAUGGGAUUGUUGAUGUUGAUAAUAGUUAUGUCUCCAUGUUGCCGACUAAAGUUGAAAUAAAGCUUAAAAAGGCUGAACCAAUAUCUUGGGGUCGAUUGGACUAUCCUAAUGAAAAUUUUUCAAAUGUUAUGGACCUGUCUGUAAAUUCAAACACUAACACCAAUCAUCAAAAUAUGGAUAGUACUGUUGAAAGUGUUGACCUUGGAGAUCUUUGAUUCUUUAGAAUAAAUUAGAAGCACUUUAUUUGUACUUUAAGAUCAAUUUCUAAUUUAAAUUGAUUUUUUUAAAUGCUUUCAAUAAAUUAUGUAUUAAUUUGAA